AUGGUUGUGUGGCCAAAAUGGGAGGUUUACAAGGAGUGCUUGGCCAAAGACCGGAUCAUGUCUGCAAAUGGCGACUUUCAAGACUUCAAAAAGCAGGUUUUGAAAGCUUCCGUCCAGGAGAUUGAUGAGCAGGCAAAGCAUGCUCCAUUGAUGUGGAACUUUCUGAUAGCCUUUGCGGCGAAGAAACCUUUCUUUCGAUCAUUGAUCAUCCAGGUUUUCAACAAGCUGAUGCAAGUCCCCAGCUGGGUGUCAGCCUGGGAGGCCGAUGUCGAACUACAUGAGAAAGUGCAGACGCUCCAUGAGGAUUUGCAGUCCGCCAUUGGCGCGCAGCAUGAGGUUUUGAAAAAGUCCAUUGCUCCAGCCGCGCUGAAGUCAGUCACUCUCGUGCGCAUGGAUGAGCGCCCGGAAGAGGUGCGCUUGGCCAUUGAAAGAGAGCGGAUGAUAGAUGCGAUAAAGGAGGAAGCGGAGGAAGCGGAGUCGGAUGAAUGGGUGGCAGCUGAAGAAGAGCCUGAAGCAGCGUCCGCAGAGACAGCGUGCAAUCCGGCCCUGUCUGCGCUUCAGGAAGGCAUCGAUGCGGCGAGCGCCAUCGAUGACCCCUCGAAAAUGGACUCCUGUGGACUUAGCGCGUUGAACAAGCUGCGCAUCGGCUGCAUCCGUUGUGCUGGCGAUGACCAGUUGUUUUCCCAAGAGCUCGACAACGCGCCCAGAGUUUUCAACUUCCUUCUGAGCUUGGUCAAGCAACACCCGGCUUACAUAAACGGAGUUGCAGAGGUCAUCAACCUGCUGAUGGCAAGCAGUUGGUGCGCAGUCUUUGAGAAGAACCAGCUGCUUCAGGAGCGCCUCCGAGAGCUCCCAAAGCCGCUGCAGGCUUCUCUUGGCCUCCAGAGUUCAAAGGUCCUAGCACAUAUCGAUGCAGAUGCGCGUAGGAUGCUGGCAGCAGGCGAAGUGUCCGAUGACAUGAAGACCGCCUUUCUGCCAUGCUUGACAGAUCUAGUCACAGAGAGUGUCCGAGCUCCGAUUACACAGGUGGCAGAUCGGAUGCAAAGCAUAAGGGCACCGCGGACAUCAGGUGGCGGCUACCCACAUGCCAGAGCCCAGCAGUUCUGA